ACUAAAGUGAGGAGACAAAUAUUCUAACCAAAAAAAAAACUUAGAAACAAAAAUAAAAAUAGCGUCACACCUACUCUUUCGUUCUACACCUUUAAGCUGUCUUCAUACUCCUUUACACUUCUCUCUAUCAUUUCUUCUUCUUUACACCUCUCACCUCCAAUGGUGUAAUCUUCUUCUUCUUCUUCUUCUCUCUCUCUCUCUCUAGUCUCAUCCUCUAUACCUCAAAGUCUUGUCAAUGGCGGCGCGAAAACUAGGUUCGUUGUUACGUCAAUACUUUUUAUCACUAUGUUUCCUCUUCCUCGGUUGCUUCUUCUUCCCUAAAGGAGGAGACUGUAAACAAAAGAGGAGGAAGAAGAAGCUCAGAAUAGUUUCUUCUUCUGGUUCUUCAGCUCUUUCAUCUUCUUGGACUUACUUAAAACGGGUUUUCUUAUCCACGACAAGGAUAUCUAAAUCCCGUAACCAAACACACCCUAACGGUACGUUAACGUCCGCAAGAUCAUCACAGAACUCUCUCGUCACUCUCGUCCAACCCGAUUCAUUUCCAACGAACCAACCCGACCCGGAUACCCGUAUCCAACAACAACAACAACAAACCGAGUUCGAGAUCUCGUAUUCCGGCGAUAACAUCAACAACAAUCCUCUGUUUCUCCUCCCUCUGCGUAACGAGAUUUUCCCUUGUAACUCGUGUGGCGAGAUUUUCCAGAGGAUCAACCUCCUCGAGAGCCAUAUCGCGAUCAAACACGCCGUCUCGGAGCUAAUCGCCGGCGAAUCGAGCACGAACAUCGUCGAGAUUAUAUUCAAAUCAGGCUGGCCGGAACAAGUUAAUCGCAAAUCUCCGGAGAUCAUCCGGAUUUUAAAAAUCCACAACAGCCAGAAGAUUCUCACCAGAUUCGAGGAGUAUCGCGAGUUCGUCAAAUCGAAAGCGGCUCGAUCACGGUGGGAAGACGAACGCUGCGUCGCCGACGGGAACGAGCUUUUGCGAUUCUACUGCUCGACGUUCAUGUGCGAUCUAGGUCAAAACGGUAAAUCGAAUCUAUGCGGUCAUCAGUACUGUAGCAUAUGCGGGAUCAUCGGAUCUGGAUUCUCGCCGAAGCUAGACGGGAUCGCGACGUUAGCGACGGGGUGGAGAGGACACGUGGCGGUGCCGGAGGAGGUUGAAGAAGAGUUUGGGUUUAUGAACGUGAAACGGGCCAUGUUGGUUUGUCGGGUGGUAGCGGGUCGGGUCGGGUGUGAUUUGAUGGAUGACGUGGACAAGAGUGAAGGUGGAGGGUAUGAUUCUCUGGUUGGGCAGAGUGGGAACAAGAGUGGUGCGCUUCUCAGAAUCGACGAUGAUGAGCUGUUGGUUUUUAAUCCAAGGGCUGUGCUUCCUUGUUUCGUUAUAGUGUAUAAUACUGUGUAACCGGUUUUGUGAUCGUCUGUGUUGUGUUUAUAUUUUUGUUUACUCGUGUUUUGGAUUAAGGUAAUGUGGUUUAGAAGUAUUAUAAUUGUGAAGUGUGAAGAACGAACACUUUUAGGUUUUUUUUUGUGAGGUAAAAUGGUAAAAUCUUUGUGGUAUAUUUUAAGAAGUUUUGUGAGCAAAGAGAUUCAACAGUUGAAACAUUAAGUCCUACUACGUAGUUUAUGUUUAGUCGAAUACAAUGUAUGUUGGUUGAAAAGUUUUAUUUUGUGUAAUACGAUUUAUAUGUUGAUUAAA